CCUGGACACGAUUAUCCCCUGCCGCGCUCUCCCCUCACACCCUGCCCCGCUAAUCCCUAUAAGUAGUGGCUGACCACCGGACAGAUCUCAUUCCUGUAGACUCCGGACAAAGAGAAUGAGGACUGCCCUACUGAUCGCUGUGUGUUGUGUUAUUGCAGCCUUUGUUGCUGGUGAGAAAUGUACCGGAAGUGGUGACUGCGCCCUGGAGAAUUGCGCAGACGGCUCCUACAUUGCCUGUGUUCAGGGACUGUGCACGUGCGUGAGGGAGAGACGUUGCCGGGGACUUCGGGACUGUUACGGACUUCCCGCCUGUCAGGGCGACGCCUCGUGGCACUGCUUCGACAACGUCUGUAAAUGUAUCGACAUCUGAGGCCACAUCAUUCACAAAUCAAAUCAUUUUAAACCAUUGAACAAGUUAAUAAAAUUUGAACUCUCCUUCCA